GGUCUUUUCACCAGGGUCCCCACCCCAUGCGAUGUCAUCAGAACCCACACCGCUUCGGCUGCGACAGCACGAGCCGUUACUGAUACGCUUCGUGCUCACCACCAGGCGCUCGCUUCAUCUAUGAGACUUUCUUGCCCUUGUUGGGUAGCCGCGGCAGUGAACGUUGUUUGAGGUUUAGACGCUGCUCAUCACCUCUUUUUGCUGAACACUCACAAACAUGAGCACGCUGCAAACAGACGCUGCCGCGAUCGAGCAAUCCAUCAAAGAGGACCAUGCUAAGCAGUUUUUUGUUGAUCACCCUGCUCCUGCCUCGUUGGAUGCCGUGGUUCAACGAGUAACGGACUUUUUGGCGAAACAGGAUGAAAAGCGGCGCGUUGUUUUGGUUACGAGUGGCGGAACGAUGGUACCUCUUGAACGGAACACGGUGCGCUUCAUCGAUAACUUUAGCGCCGGUUCUCGAGGUGCCGUGUCUGCGGAGCAGUUUUGCCAGCUUGGUUACUCGGUCAUUUUCUUGCACCGUACCUUUAGUUUGUUGCCGUACACUCGUCGACUCGAGAAGCCGUGGACAGAAUUGUUUGAGAAAGACUCGUCGUCCUCCUUGGGCGAUGCGGGCCAUCGCUGGAUUAUGAAGUCUGAGUUCAGUGAACGAGUGACUAGUACACUGAAUGAGAUGGACGUGGUCCAAAGUAACAACCAGCUUUUGUGUGUACCGUUUGUGACCCUAGACGAGUACGUUUGGUACUUGCGUUCCAUUGCAUGCUGUAUGAGCAAGCUUGACGGCCGUGCACUUUUCUACCUCGCGGCAGCAGUGAGUGACUUUCAUCUGCCCCCCGACAAAAUGAGUGAGCAUAAAAUCCAAAGCGGUGAAGACUCUCUUGAAAUCUCCAUGAAGCCAGUUCCGAAAUUCCUUCGUCACUUAGUUGACAUCUGGGCACCUCAAGCGAGCAUUAUUUCCUUCAAGCUCGAGACUGACGAAAGUCUUCUCAUAAAAAAGGCGAGAGCUGCACUCCUUCGCUAUUCUCAUCAACUUGUUGUCGCUAAUUUACUGCACACUCGCAAGCGUACCGUCGCGUUUGUAACAUUGGAUGCGGUGGAAUGGGUUACCUUAUCGGAUGAAGAGCUCAAACGCGGUGUUGAAAUCGAGCAGUACAUUGUUCGUCGCGCCAUGGACAUGCACACAGCUCGUCUUCAGCACUAAGCAAGAAAUGCAUAAUGAGGAUUUGCUCCUUAACGAUGAAAUGAAAUUCCGCUCUUUUUUUUGUAAAUACAGAUUCGAGCAAUUGAACUGUCAACUGUAGUAAUGAAUAUAGACGCACAAUUGCAUUUCCCAGCUAUUCAUUCACGGUUUGAAUGUCCAUUUUGUUAUUUUUUGUACACGCGCGCC